UUUAUCUUAGAUGGUACGGUUUAGUAAAGGGUUACUCAAAUUAUUCCAUUAGAAACAAAAAAACCCCUACAAGUGUAUUUUUCCGAAAACAUUUCCUAAAUUGAGCAUUUGUAGAGACUUCCAGCCUUCUGAGAUAACGCCAGCAUGACAGAAAGAAAACAAAAACAAAAAACAAACAAAAAAAUCCUGAACCAUGUAUUACAAAUCGAAAGUGAAAUUAGGCACAGCUUUUUGUUUCUGUUCCUGGCUAGUCACUGGAGACAGCUUUGGUGUUUCAAGCAAUGGUGAAAUUUGAAAGAUAAAAUCUCCAUUCGAAGUUUUCAUUUUCUUUUCACUUCUCCUGCGUUUUUUUUUUGAAGGACCCACGCCAGGGUCGCGGGUUCCGUGGACGCCGCAGAUCGCAGGCCCGGCCCUCGGUUCCCGGAAGGCGGCGCAGGUCGGGCAGCUGGCGGCCGCGGCGGGAAUAAUGGAGCCUGAUAAGGACAGCAGAAAUGACGUACUUAACAAACAACAGCUGGAUGAAGAAUCUAUGAACAAUGGACAAAAUGAGGGACUACUUGAUGAAAUUAGAAAGGAAAAUAUUCAGCUACAGGAGGAGAUCCAAAAGCUUGAAGCUGAGUUAGAAGAGGCUGCCAAAAAUUUCCAGUUUAAGGAGGCUAUUCCUGAGACCCAGCUGCAGUUUGCAUCACUAGAGACUCCUGACGAUGCCAGCCGAUUCUUGAAUGUCUCCUGCUCAUUUCAAGUGAGCUCACGCGUAUUUUAUGAGCUACAGAAAGGACAAGCACUUAUCACCUUUGAAAAAGAAGAAGUUGCACAAAAUGUGAUAUCAAUGGGAAAGCAUCAAGUGCAGAUAGAGGGCGAGAGUGUGGAGCUGAUAGCCUGGCCAGUUCCACUCAACACCAAAGUCAGAUUCCAGGUUCAUGUAGAAGUUUCCAAAGUGAAGAUAAUUGUUACGGAAAUUCCUGACGGUCUGCCCGAAGAUCAGAUGCGAGACAAGCUAGAACUGAGUUUUAGCAAGUCCCGCAAUGGAGGUGGCGAGGUGGAGAGCGUGGACUACGACAAACAGUCCCGAAGAGCUGUGGUCACCUUUGUGGAGCCUGGAGUUGCUGACAGGAUUUUGAAAAACAAAGAUUUUCCUCUUUGUAUAAAUCAGAGCUGCCACAGAGUUGUUGUUUCUCCGUACACAGAAAGACGCUUGCAGAAGUAUCAGAUAUUAUCAGGAAUAUCUAAGAGGACAGUGCUCCUGACUGGAAUGGAACAAUGUUGGACAGAAGAAGAGACUGCGGAGGAUUUCAUUAACAUUCACUUUCAACUGGGGAAGAAUGGGGGUGGAGAGGUAGAAGUGGUUAAGUGUUCCCUUGGGCAACCUUAUGUAGCCUAUUUUGAAGAAUAGACUGAUGGAAUCAUAUGAAAAUUACAGCUUUUGAGCUCAAAUCACUGUAAACAUUUGGCAAAAUGAAUACCCUUUUCUUUGAGAAAUGAACACUUUAAUUCUUUAGUGUCCAUUUAUUCUUAAAUACAAAAUAUAUUUCCAAGUUG